AUGUGGAUGAUUACAGAGAAGAACCAAAGCUGGGUUUCUGAGUUUAUCCUGCUUGGCUUCUCCAGUGACCCCAUGACCAAGAGCAUCCUCUUAUUGUUCCUUCUCAUCUACCUAUGCUCAGUCCUGGGCAAUGGGCUCAUCAUCAUGCUGAUCUGCCUGGACACACAGUUGCACACUCCCAUGUACUUCUUCCUCUGUGUACUUGCCAUGUUGGAUAUGGGCUAUGUCACAACCACCAUGCCCCAGAUGUUGGUGCAUCUUCUUGCUCACUCUCAGACCAUCUCCUUUGCUGGCUGCUGGCUGCAGAUGUAUGUGUUUGGUUCUCUGGCUGCUACUGAAAGCACUUUGUUUGUUGUUAUGGCUUAUGACAGAUAUGUGGCCAUUUGCUACCCACUGCGUUAUACUGUCAUCCUCAAUUGGGGACUGUGCAUUCGGUUGGCAGCUGGGUCUUGUGUCUGUGGUUUUCUCUCUGUUUUGUUACAUACUUUCUUCACCAUGAGUCUGCCAUAUUGUGGGCCCAACAAGGUCAACCACUACUUCUGUGAGGGCCCUGCAGUGCGUAGCCUGGCUUGUAUGGAUACCCACAUCAUCGAGAUGGUAGAUCUGGUCUUGAGUGUUUUUAUGGGUAUUAUUCCCAUUUCCCUCAUUGUGGCCUCCUAUGUUCAUAUUGCCAUGGCAAUUAUGAAGAUCAAGUCCACCCAGGGCCGCUGUAAGGCUUUCUCUACCUGUGCCUCCCACCUGACUGUGGUCACACUCUUCUAUGUUCCAUCCACUUACAUCUACAUUAGGCCCAACUCAAGCUACUCCCCUGAGCGAGACAAGCAGGUCUCACUCUUUUACAAUGCCUUCACAGCCUUGCUCAACCCCGUGGUCUACAGUCUGAGAAACAAAGACAUCAAGAGGGCAUUUCUCAAGGUGAUGGGGCAUGGUAGGGUAGAUUUGUUAACCACAAUUCAGGGGAAGUUGGAGUGA